AUGUUUAAACUCAAUACAACAAAGGUGACAGAAUUCUCAAUUUUGGGAUUUCAAGGGCUCCAGAUUUUCAGUCCACUGCUAUUUGUUCCAUUCUUUUUGAUCUAUACCUUGGCAGUGGUUGGGAACCUGCUGAUUAUUGUGUUGGUGCUGAAGUCUCAUAACUUAAAAUCUCCCAUGUAUUUCUUCUUCACUCAGUUAUCAGUGUCUGAUAUUCUGCUGACCACAAAUAUAGCCCCUUACAUGAUCCAUCUAAUAAUUAACGGAGGAGGCAAAAUAUCUGUUGCUGGCUGCAUCAUUCAGUAUUUCUUGUAUGGUUUUUCAGCUGCUGCUCAGUGUCUUCUUCUCACAGUGAUGUCCUAUGACCGGUAUUUAGCCAUCUGCUGGCCACUCCGCUACACCUCCAUCAUGGAUCAAAGGCUUCUGUCCCAACUGGUCCUCUGGCCUUGGCUUCUAGCCUUUAUGGUAAUGGUGAUUACUGUUUCACUCAUGUGUAAUUUACAGUUUUGUGGUCCCAAUGUUAUUGACCAUUACUUCUGUGAUAUAGAACCGAUUCUAGAGCUGUCUUGCUCAGACCAUUCCAUUGUUGACAUCACAUACUUUAUCUUUGUUAUUCUUUUUACUAUUGCACCAUUUUUCUUUAUUGUUUUCACAUAUAUAUCAAUUUUUAUCACUAUCUUUGGAAUUCCUUCCAGCACUGGGAGGAAAAAAGCCUUCUCCACCUGCAGCUCUCACUUAUCUGUAGUGAGUACCUACUAUGGGACACUAAUCACUAUUUACAUGGUUCCCAUCAAAAGACAAUCAUUUAAUGUCAAUAAGGUUAUAUCUCUCCUAUAUACCCUGGGGACCCCAUUUUUCAACCCUAUUAUAUACAGUCUCAGGAAUCAAGAGAUUAAGACUGCUUUGGUGAGAUGCUUCCUGGCUCUGUGGUCGAGUAAUGCCAAGAUAAGCAUAUGA